GUCGCACAUGUGCUUGGUGGGGCGUGGCUCUUGUCGUGGCUGCUAUGUGUUUGCUCUCGGUAGUGGUCUCGGCUAAUGUCGACCUCUCCCGCACUACCUUGGCUUUUCCGGACCGAUUGAGACGCGAGACCAACUUUACGUAUGGCCUAUGGAGCGGGUCGCGGACGGUAGCGGUAGGCGUCCAACUGCGAGACGGCGACGGUACGCGUGUUGACAAUGAGUUUGGCUUGGAGCCAGCCGAUGUCGUUGUGGUCUUUCUCGGCGGAUCUCACAGACCGUCGGUCAGCGUCGUGGCUUUCGACAACGACCGUAAUGUCACCGACUACACCAGCGGCGCAGCGUUUGGCUUCAAUCUGACCUUUCCCACCAACGCGCACUACUUUCUGAACGUCCAAGUCGCCAAUGUGUCGAUUGAGCCGGGAGAGACGGUGGUCAUCCAGGCCUUUCUGCCGUGCGCGGCCGGCAUGCGCGCCAUGCACCGCGACGAUCGCGGCGUCAACUCGCACGAGUUCACCUGCGCGGCGUGUCCCAAAGGCGAGUGGGCGCGACCGGGCUACUACCCGGGAACAAAACCUCACACGUUUGUACGGUGCCGCAACGAGGCGGUCUGCCCCAAUAACGCAACGCAGGAAACCGGGGGCUUUGAGUGUGCCGAUGGCUACCGCAGUCGGCUCUGCUCGCGGUGCGCGAGCAACUGGUUCGUCAACUCGCACGGCGACUGUGAAUGCUGCUCCGCGUCGGGCCGCAACGACGCGGUAACAGUAGUGCUUUCAUCAGGGGUCGUCGGCAUCGGCAUCUUUGUCUUUAUUGUCUACGUCCUUGCCAACCAGUCGGUGCGGCCGCGAUCGUCGCUCCCGCCGCAGCACUACCGCGGCCGGCUUGUGCUCAAGUGGGCGCAGCGGCUGUGGCGCGAGUUUCUGACGGUGGCAUCGCUCUGCGCAGCGUUGUACGCACUGGUGGUGAUGCGAGUGCUCGAGGUAAUGCAACUGGCAGUCAUGAUCUUGCUGCUCAUCCUCAUCUCGACCUACAUGGUGUUCUCGCGCGUGCUCCUUUUCCGUCGCCGGCGCCAACAGUCACACACAUACAUGCCAGCGGCUGCCUUGCCCGACGAGGAGCAGGAGAUGCUCAACAUCGGGUACCAGGCGUGGGACUCGCGAUCGGGCUCGGGCUUGGGCUCGAGCUCGGGCUCGGGCCUGGGCUCGGACGUGGAAUGCAAGACUGAUGGGUUCACGCCGCCAGAGAUUGAUGAUGGCUCGAGCAGGGGCAGGCGUGGCGCCGGCGAUGGCGACGGUGUCGGCGAGGAGCGGGCAUUUGGCAAGCGCGAGCACGCGACGGCGGUGGCCAAGUCAUUUGUAGUGUACCUGCAGACUGUGUCGACGGUGGUGAGCGUGUACAAUGUGGACAUGGCUCUUGCGCUGCGGCAGAUGGGCUCGGUCGUGGCGGCGGCCAACAUGCGGAUGAACGGGCUGGCGUGCGCAUGGGACGAGUUUGACUUUGUCGGCCCAUACCUAGCCACAGUUGUGGCAUGUCCGGCACUAAUGAUAGCAGUGGUAGUGGCAUACUGCUUCCAUGGCUGGCUACUCCGGCUGAGGCUGCCGCCGUAUCAAGUGCCAGAGGCGUACAUCCAGGAGCUGCGGCUGCUGCGGAUCCGCGCGCUGCGGCUUGUGCUGAUCAUUGCAUACUUUUUCAUCUUUCCUAUCUCGUCGCUCUCGUUUGACAUGUUUGCCUGCAUCGACGAGGGCAACGGGUCGGGCGCAACGUUCCUGGCGCGAGCGCCGUGGAUCCGCUGUGGGACGACGGAGCACCAGCAGCUGUUGGCGGUGGCGACCACGUCGCUGAUUGUGGUGUUUGGCGGCUCUUCGCUCGUCAUCUGGCGAGUGUAUGCGCUGCGAAACGACUCGGAGGCCAUCACCAUCCGCGCGCUCAGCUUUCUCACCAACGGAUAUCGCGCCGGCGCCGGCGGGUACGAGGUGCUUGUGCUUGUGCGGCGACUGGUCUUUGCGCUUUUCGUGGCGCUCCUCUCCUACUCGCCCGAACUGCUCGGCGGAGCGCUUAUGACGACACUCAUGGGCGCGUUUCUGGCGCACUUUGUGUUUUGGCCACUCAAAUCGUCGCUCGCGUCCUGGAUGGAGGCGACCGGUCUGGUCAUGGCCAUGUUCUCGCUCAUGGCCAUCGUCUCGAUGUACCACAAUUCGAGCAGCGAGACAAGCGCGAUCCGCGCUAGCUCGGUCUCCACGCCGUCGACGACGCUCAAGCUGCUCUCGCUCAUUCUCAUUCUUGGCAAUGUAGCCCUAAGCAUUGCCUUUAUCACCGUCAUGGUCGGGCCUGUCUUCCGCGACAUGGUCGUCACCCGCAGUGGGCGGGGCCGCCAGCCCACCCGAGCCACCAUCGACCGCACGCCACUCGUUCCUGAUCCCGACCACAUCCAAUGA